AAAAAAAAAAAAAAACCAAAAAAAAAAAAAAAAACCUAGAAAUUCCCGAAGCUCUCUCUCUCUUUCGAUCCGGUGGUUUUCGAAUUGGAAUUCGGCGUUUUUGGAAGUGUUUUGGGUGUUUUUUUUGAUUUGGUUGUCGAUUUGAGAUUUGAAAAUGUCCUCGCUCAGCAGAGAAUUGGUGUUUCUCAUACUCCAGUUCCUGGAGGAGGAGAAAUUUAAGGAGUCGGUGCACAAGCUUGAACAAGAGUCAGGGUUUUUCUUCAAUAUGAAAUACUUUGAGGAGAAAGUACAUGCUGGUGAGUGGGAAGAAGUUGAGAAGUACCUAUCUGGAUUUACUAAGGUUGAUGAUAACAGAUACUCCAUGAAGAUAUUUUUUGAAAUCCGGAAACAGAAAUAUCUGGAAGUUCUUGAUGGGCAAGACAAAGCAAAGGCGGUUGACAUAUUAGUGAACGAUUUGAAAGUGUUCUCAACAUUCAAUGAAGAAUUAUAUAAAGAAAUCACUCAGCUUUUAACACUUGGCAAUUUCAGGGAAAAUGAGCAGCUAUCCAAGUAUGGUGACACCAAAACAGCGCGUAGCAUAAUGUUGAUAGAGCUUAAAAAACUCAUAGAGGCAAAUCCCCUUUUCCGUGAAAAGCUUGCUUUUCCUACUUUAAAGUUAUCGAGAUUGCGGACUCUAAUCAAUCAAAGUUUGAACUGGCAGCACCAACUCUGUAAGAAUCCAAGGCCAAACCCAGACAUAAAGACAUUGUUCACAGAUCAUACCUGCACACCUCCAAAUGGUGCUCUUGCACCUACUCCUGUCAAUCUUCCGCCUGCUGCAAAGCCUACUGCUUAUACAUCACUUGGAGUGCACGGUCCCUUUCCACCAGCUGUGGCAACUGCUAAUGCUAAUGCCUUAGCAGGUUGGAUGGCGAAUGCUGCUUCUUCUUCAUCUGUUCAAGCAGCUGUUGUUACUGCAUCUUCCUUACCUGUUCCACCAAAUCAAGUUCCCAUCUUGAAACGUCCAUUAACGCCUCCAACAGUCACUUUAGGUAUGGUUGAUUAUCAGAGCAAUGAACAUGAACAAUUAAUGAAACGCCUGCGUCCAACACCAUCUGGUGAGGAGGUUACAUAUCCGACACCACCUCGGCAACAUGCUCCUUGGUCCCUGGAUGACUUACCAAGAACAGUGGCUUUUACCAUGCACCAAGGAUCAGUUGUCACUAGCUUGGAUUUUCAUCCUUCUCAUCACACAUUGCUUCUUGUUGGUUCUGCUAGUGGUGAAAUAACGCUUUGGGAGGUUGCAAUGAAGGAGAAACUGCUUUCAAAGCCAUUCAAGAUAUGGGACAUGACAAAUUGUUCAUUGCCAUUUCAGGCUUCCAUUGUCAAAGAUGAACAAGUAUCUGUUACUCGUGUUACGUGGAGUCCAGACGGAAAUUUUAUAGGUACAUGCACUUUAACUUCUGCUAGAUUUCAGAUGGUCCAUGUGCACAUUCUUAUUGUUUUUCAUGCUGCAGGGGUUGCCUUUACAAAGCAUUUGAUCCAUUUGUAUUCUUGCACUGGUGGGUCCAAUGACUUGCGCCAGCAUUUAGAGGUUGAAGCCCAUAAUGGCCAAGUUAAUGACCUGGCUUUUGCUUAUCCAAACAAACAGCUAUGUGUAGUGACGUGCGGAGAUGAUAAGCUGAUAAAGGUUUGGGAUUUAACGGGCCGAAAGCUAUUUAACUUUGAAGGGCACCAAGCACCUGUAUAUUCUGUAUGUCCUCAUCAGAAAGAGAAUAUUCAGUUUAUAUUCUCAACUGCUAUUGAUGGGAAAAUCAAGGCCUGGCUGUAUGACAAUAUGGGAUCUAGAGUUGACUACGAUGCUCCUGGACACUCAUGUACUACUAUGCUUUACAGUGCUGAUGGAAGUAGAUUGUUCUCUUGUGGAACGGGUAAAGAUGGGGAUUCUUUCCUUGUUGAAUGGAAUGAAAGUGAAGGAGCAAUAAAGAGGACAUACUCUGGGUUCAGAAAGAAAUCUGCUGGUGUUGUGCAGUUUGACACAACUCAAAACCACUUUUUGGCCGUGGGUGAAGAUCACCAAAUAAAGUUUUGGAACAUGGACAAUAACGACAUUCUCACUAGUAUGGAUGCAGAGGGUGGACUUCCGAGUCUUCCUCGCUUGAGAUUCAACAAGGAAGGAAAUCUUCUUGCUGUUACUACAGCAGACAAUGGAAUAAAGAUACUCGCUACCACUGCUGGUCUUAGAUCUUUAAGAGCAGUUGAAGCCCCGUCCUUUGAAGCAUUAAGAUCACCUAUUGAAUCUGCUGCAAUUAAGGUUUCUGGUUCUUCUUCUGUUGCAAAUGUCAGUCCAAUCAACUGUAAAGUGGAAAGAAGCUCUCCAGUCAGGCCUUCUCCUGUUCUUAAUGGAGUUGAUCCUAUGGCUAGAAACAUGGAAAAGCCAAGAACUUUGGAUGAUGUAACUGAUAAAACCAAACCCUGGCAGUUGGCCGAAAUUAUAGAUCCUGCUCAAUGCCGGCAGGUUACCAUGCCAGACAUGGAUGCAGUCAACAAGGUUGCUCGACUACUCUAUACAAAUUCUGGUUUUGGUGUUUUGGCACUUGGGUCUAAUGGGAUUCAGAAGUUAUGGAAGUGGACACGCAGUGAACAAAAUCCAGGUGGAAAGGCCACUGCCAAUGUUGUUCCACAGCAAUGGCAACCAAACAGUGGUCUUGUUAUGACUAAUGAUGUCACAGGUGUCAACCUCGAGGAAGCAGUGCCUUGCAUAGCACUCUCAAAGAAUGACUCUUAUGUAAUGUCAGCCUGUGGCGGCAAGGUUUCGUUAUUCAACAUGAUGACAUUCAAGGUAAUGACUACGUUUAUGCCACCUCCACCUGCUUCAGCCUUCCUAGCAUUUCAUCCUCAAGAUAAUAACAUCAUAGCCAUUGGAAUGGAAGAUUCAACUAUCCAUAUAUACAAUGUUAGGGUGGAUGAGGUUAAAUCAAAACUUAAAGGUCACCAAAAGCGCGUAUCUGGAUUAGCUUUUUCUACCAAUCUUAACAUAUUGGUUUCAUCAGGAGCUGAUGCUCAGCUUUGUGUUUGGAGCAUUGAUACAUGGGAGAGGAGGAAAACAGUUCCAAUACAAUUGCCAGCUGGCAAGGCUCCUAGUGGCGACACUCGAGUUCAGUUCCACUCUGAUCAAAUCCGCUUGCUGGUAUCCCAUGAAACACAGAUAGCAUUAUAUGAUGCCUCCAAGAUGGAUCGCAUUCGUCAGUGGGUCCCACAAGAUGUCCUUCCUGCCCCUAUAUCAUAUGCAGCAUACUCCUGCAACAGUCAACUAGUUUAUACUUCCUUUUGCGAUGGCAAUAUUGGGGUAUUUGAUGCAGAUACUUUAAGACUACGAUGCCGUAUUUCCCCAUCUGUAUACUUGUCCCCAGCAGUGAUAAAUGGAAGCCAAGCGGUGUACCCUGUUGUCGUUGCAGCACAUCCACAGGAGCCAAACCAAUUUGCUGUUGGAUUGACAGAUGGGUAUGUUAAAGUGAUAGAACCCUCGGAAUCAGAGGGAAAGUGGGGAAUGUCUCCUCCGCCUGUUGAUAACGGGAUGAUGCUAAAUGGUAGGACAGGGUCGUCAUCAACCACAAGCAAUCACGCCCCUGAUCAGGUUCAAAGAUGAACUUUCUUGUGUUUACAAUUGUAUUUUACCAUUGUAUAUUUUAGGUUUAUAAUGUCCUCAUGUCAAAGGUAUGAAUUGGAUUUGAAGCUUAGAAAGAUAAAAAAAAGUAUUGCGUACUUUAUUUAGGUCAAUUAAAAUUAAUUGCUUUCGAUCAGCACCUUGUUCCUAAAAUCAGUCUCUCUCUAUUAAUUAUUUCUUGUUUUUUUGUUUU